GCUUGAUCACCCAUGAAGGCCAUCAGAGGUGUGCUUUUGACAUGGUUAGUCGUUUACGCAGAGUUCUAUUUACGUGGUUUCUUGAACCUCCUUCUAACAGUGAUGCGGCGGUCAAGCAAAUUCUGUUGGCUAUGAACGAAAGACAGACGUUCAUCAUUGAAGACCUUGACGAAAACCAUCUCCUCAUCAAACAAGAAAUGGAGUACUAUGUCAGGAAAGAGUUGGAAGCGGAGUUGGAGAAGAAUACGUACAGUCUGGAAACAUGACGUUUAAGUCUCUUGUCCGUACACCAAGAAUCAUUUUCGUGACGCCGAUAACAACUAGCUGAUUGUCAAUAUUUGCAAGGAGUUCUACUCCUA